AUGGUGAUCUGGAGACGGUACUUGAGCGGCACCGCGCAGCCGCUGGUGUUCAAGAAGAUGAACAAGGCGCUCGCGCAGGCCGCACCUCGAGAGCACGUCGUGCGCAGGCUGGAGCAGCCCGUUGGCAUGCCGCAGCCGCCGACAGCGGCCACGCGGUACGUGGAAGGCAACUCCAUGCUGGACAUGUUCAGCGAGGAGAAGACCAGCCGUCGCGCGGCGGAACUAGCGGCGGAGUUUAGCAAAAGCGGGCUCUACGACGCUGCGACCUUUCGCAAGACGAACGGUAGGGUGUUCCUGCCGCCGGCGUCGUACUGGCGCGCGGAACACGCGCGCUACUUCCCGCAUCUGGGCGGCAGGACGCUGACCGGCGCGCGCGGCAGCGUCGAAGACGUGCUCGCUGGCAAGGUCUCGGUAGUCAAGGUGUUUUCGUGCGAGACGGGCGAAGGCUUGGCCAGCAGCUACUUCCGGCACGAGGGGCACGACUAUCUCCGCGAAGAUGACGUCGCACCGGCCCAGAUCGUGGAGAUUUCUCUCACCGAGAGCUGGAUCAAGGAUUGGCUUGUGCGCCUAAUGGCUGGAAGAUUACGUAGUCUCGUUCCUGCGGCACGUCAUGAACGGUACUUCAUCUGCCGCAGAGCGCAGUUGCCGUUUACGGUGCGCGAAAGUCUGGAGCUCGGCAAUCUGUACACGGGCUACGUGCUGGUUGUGGACCCCCAGCUGAAAAUUAGGUGGAUGGCGUGCGGUGGCGCAGAGAAGAGGGACGCAGAACUCCUGUGGAAGUGCGUGCGAGGCGUCCAGCGGGAGUGCGCGGCUGUCUGA